AUGCAGGACGUUACCGCCGACACCGUCGCCCGCACUUUUGUCUCAACAUGGAUCGCCCGCUUUGGUACCCCUUCCCAAAUCAUAACCGACAGGGGAAAACAGUUCGAAUCUCGCCUUUUCACGGCCUUGACGAAGCUCCUGGGUACCAACCGCUGCCGUACGACCGCGUAUCACCCGGCAGCUAACGGGCUCGUAGAACGUUUUCAUCGGCACCUCAAAGCAGCCAUCAUGGCGCGAGAAGACCCAUCCCGGUGGCACGACUCCCUUCCCCUCGUCCUUCUCGGGAUCCGGUCCGCUUGGAAAGAAGAUCUCGGGUGCGCGGCUGCUGAGCUCGUUUACGGUACGACUCUUCGCCUUCCGGCCCAGUUUUUCGACAGCCCCUCGCAGGUUCCCGUCGACCCUUCGGUGUACUUGUCCCGCCUCCGUGAGCAGUUCUCAAGGAUGCGUCCGACUCCAACACGUGCUCAGCAACCCGGAACAACUUUCGUGUCCCCGCACCUCCGCUCCGCUUCGAAAGCUUUCGUUCGCACGGAUGCGGUCCGCAAGUCUCUCCAACCUCCAUAUUCGGGCCCUUACACCGUCCUGAAGCACGGGCCCAAGCACUUCACCAUCGACUUCAACGGGAGACCAGACACCGUAUCGAUCGAGCGGCUCAAACCUGCUUUUACCGAAGCCGACGUCUCGGCCUCCACUUUCACAUUUGAAGACUACGAGUGA